UGUGGGAUUUUAGCUACCGUCCAUCUUCAGCUACAUUACAGUGAGCGAGCUUGUCGAAAAGAAAACAUAAUUUGGAAGUAACGAAGACUUUCUGAAAUUAGUUUUGGCUGUAUCUGAAAAAAGACAAACGAAAGUCCAUACCCUAGCCAACUUUGUGACAGACGGAAUGUGGACAUUGUCGUAGUCAGAGCCAUGGCUGACAAGAGAAAACUCCAAGGUGAGAUCGAUAGAUGUUUGAAAAAAGUAGCAGAAGGUGUUGAACAGUUUGAAGACAUCUGGCAAAAGCUCCACAAUGCAGCCAACGCAAAUCAAAAAGAAAAAUACGAGGCAGAUCUCAAGAAAGAGAUUAAAAAGCUACAGCGAUUGAGAGAUCAGAUAAAAACAUGGGUGGCCUCAAACGAAAUCAAAGACAAAAGGCAGCUAGUCGAGAACCGCAAACUUAUAGAGACGCAAAUGGAGCGGUUUAAGGUGGUGGAGCGUGAAACAAAAACAAAAGCCUACUCUAAAGAAGGCUUGGGGCUCGCUCAGAAAGUUGAUCCAGCUCAGAGGGAAAAGGAGGAAACGGGACAGUGGCUAACGACUACAAUAGACACUCUAAAUAUGCAGGUGGAUCAAUUUGAGAGUGAGGUGGAAUCUCUUUCAGUUCAGACCAGAAAAAAGAAGGGUGAUAAAGAGAAGCAAGAUCGUAUUGAUGAGCUCAAGCGGUUAAUUGAGAGGCAUAGAUUCCACAUUCGCAUGUUGGAGACCAUUUUACGAAUGCUGGACAAUGACUCUGUGCCAGUGGAUGCAAUCCAGAAGAUCAAGGAUGACGUUGAAUACUACAUUGAUUCCUCCCAAGACCCAGACUUUGAGGAGAAUGAAUUCAUCUAUGAUGACUUAGACCUGGAAGACAUGCCGGCAGCAUUAGUCGCAACUUCUCCGUCGGGCCAGGGCAACGUGGAAGAUGAGAUGUAUCUCCACUCCAGCUCCACUCCCACUUCCACCACCUCCUCUUCACCCAUUCCUCCAUCCCCAGCUACUUGCACUGCUGAGAACUCAGAGGACGAUAAGAAAAGGGGACGGUCGACAGACAGUGAAGUUAGUCAGUCACCUGUGAAGAACGGGACCCCAUCUUUGCUACCUUCCUUCUCAUCCUCCACCACCUCUGGUUCCUCUUCAUCCUCCUCCCUUGUGUCCAUGGCGACUGUUGUUGGAGGCAUUCCCACAGUCCCCACGAGCAGCAAUCUAAUAGGAAGCUUCAGCAGUGCGGUGCAGCAACAUCAGCAUCAACCUGCACAGCAGCAGCAACAAACUCAGCCACCAAACCAAACACAGCAGCCACCCCAGACAAAACCCUCUGUCCCCUCAAACAAUACCCCCAGCCCACCCAGCAACCCCCUAAUCCCAGCCUCCACUUCCCCCUCUCUCCCUACACCCAGCACACCCAGUUCAUCAGCUCCCAACUCUCAGUCUCAGCCCACAUCUGGGCCCACCUCAGUAUCCAGUUUGGGACUUGGGCUGGGGCUAGGAUUGAGCAAAGCUGGCAUGACUGGGACCAGCAAUGCUAACCAAAUAUCUGGUUUGAGCCUAGGUGUCCACCCCACUCUAAACACAAUGACAGGGCUCCUUUCGGGCUCCACACCUGCCCCUUAUGCACAGGCAGCAGCUGCAGGAGGCUUGGGUUUGAACAGCACCACUCAGUCCAACAUUUCUGUGGAGAGCAGCACUUCCAUUCCCACCUCUGGCUCCAGUGGAGUCACCACCAACGGGGCAGGGACUGGGCUCACUUUGCUUGGUUCCAGCCCGGCUCACAGCUCUCUGAGUGGGAGUAUUUUGAGUCUGGUUUCUGGGCAAAGCAUAGCCCCUGGUGCUUCUCAGGUGCCCCCAAGUUCUGUCAGCUCUUCUGCUGUAGUUGGCAUGAUGGGAGGCAAUGGAGGGAAUGUUGGUGUGGUUGGAGGAGUAGGGGUGAAUGCUGCACCUGCUAGACCUCCAAGUGGACUGAAGCAGAAUGGAAGCACAAGUUACAGUGCUGUAGUGGCAGAGAGCUCCACAGAUUCAGCUCUAAGCACACCGAGCCAGUCACAAAGCAGCCAACCCUCAUCUCUCAGUUCUUCAGCUAGUCAGCCGAUGGACAAUGGUCCCAGUUUAAUCAGUUCCAACACCCUGUCUCCCAGCUCUCCAUCGCCCUCGUUUUCAGACAGCACACAUGGAGGAGUGAGUCUUUUCAAUGGGCCCCACUCCUACACACAGGCAUCUGAGGGCCUCAAGCCCCCUGAGCUCAGUUCUUUGAAGGCGAUAGCUGAGAGAGCAGCACUGGGAUCAGGCCUGGAUGGAGAGAUACCCAACCUGCACCUAACAGACAGAGGUCGGAAUGAUAUUUUCUCUAGUUCGUCUGCCGCACCCGGCACGCCUGCUGCUCCUCAGCCAUCCAUAUCAGAGGUCAGCAUCCCCCCCUCGCUUGGGGUCUGUCCACUGGGCCCCACCCCUCUCCCCAAAGACCAGCUCUACCAGCAGGCCAUGCAGGAGUCUGCAUGGACACACAUGCCACAUCCCUCUGACUCUGAGAGAAUCAGGCAAUACCUGAUGAGGAACCCAUGUCCCACCUUGCCUUUCCAUCAUCAGGUCCCACCACACCACUCAGAUUCCAUAGAGUUCUACCAGAGACUGUCCACAGAAACUCUCUUUUUCAUCUUCUACUACCUGGAGGGCACCAAAGCUCAGUAUCUGUCUGCCAAGGCUCUAAAGAAACAGUCAUGGCGGUUUCACACCAAGUACAUGAUGUGGUUUCAGAGGCACGAGGAGCCUAAGACUAUCACUGAUGAGUUUGAACAGGGCACUUACAUUUACUUUGACUAUGAGAAAUGGGGCCAGAGGAAGAAGGAGGGGUUCACCUUUGAGUACAGGUACCUCGAAGACCGAGACCUGCAGUGACGGCAGGAGGUACGCGAAAAGAUGGGGACAGACAAAAACGUGCUGCUGUUGACAUUCCGAGACUGAACUCCAAACUGUGGAUAGAGAUUGUGAUGUGUAUUAGAAACCCUCUCCUGAAAUGGA